AUGAAAGGCCUAUAUGAUUCUGCUCGAUCAGCUGCUAUUGAACAAGCUGCUCAAUUGCAAGAAAAAGUAUCAAAAUUCCAUUUUGACAUUUUAGUUAAUUCGCCAAUUGUAAUUCUUCCUCAUAAUAAUAAAGAUACAUUAGUUGCUAAUCUUGGUGAACUGUCUGCUAUAAACGAAUUUAUUUCAAAUGAAAAUGGAAAUGGGUUUCUUACUCAAAUAAAAGCAGAACUUCAAAAAAUUCGAUUGACAUCGAAUUUUGAAUUUCAUAAUGGCUUUACUCAAAGUUUACAAAUUAUUGAUGACGUUGAUAUAAAUUUCAAAAUUUCAUAUGCAGAACAUGUUAAAGGUUCAACAAGACCAGACAUGGAGGUUAUCGGUGAAAUGUCGGAUGUAAACAUGAGUUUGACACAAAAACAAUACAAAUUUUUAUUGGAUCUUUCAAACUCUGUCACUACAGCAUUUAGUGGAAACGGUUCAAAAUCUCCAAAAAAGGAAUUUGAUUCACCUGAUACGACAUCAAGUCCAUCCACAUAUCCAAAAUCUUUACAAAAUAUUGAUUCGCCUGCUAAGGAGGAAAAUGAAAAACCUUGGAUUUCAGUUGACCUGGCAUUUAAAGUAAAGCAAAUUAAUUUGGAAAUUUUUUCUGGUGAUGGUUCUCAAGUAAAAGAAUUAGGCGAAUCGAGUUUGUCGAAAUUUUCUUUAAAUGAAACUGAUAUAAAGUUCCAAAUGUUGACUGAUGGAUCAAUUGAAGCAGAACUUCAAUUGAAAUCUGCAACUCUUGUUGAUACACGACAUAACAUAAAAAAUGUUUAUAAAGAGAUUUUACCAGCUGUAAAUAAAAACACGUCUCAAUUUAUGGUAACUCUUAGCAUUUCUGGAAAUGGGGCAGACAAAAGCCUUACAGCAAUUGCAACUGUUGAUAGUCCAAAAGUGAUCCUCACUUUAGAUCAUUUAUUUGAAACUCGUAAUUACUUUAUGAGCGCAUUCGAAACUCGAGAUUCUGAAAAAAAACUGAAUAAUCAGGCAGACAGUUCAGAUUCCUCUGCACUCAACCCAUCUAAUUCUCCAAACUCAUCUAAAUCGUCAAUAACAUCUCAACUAUCGAAAUUACCACAUAAACAACAGCCAUCAGUUCCUUCAGAAGCAAUGACUAUUAAUUAUCGUGUUAAUAUAACCGGCGCAGAAAUAAUAUUAUUGGCAAAUCCACAUCUUGCAAGUACUGAAGCAGUUGUAUUAUCAGCACAUCAAAUAGUUCUUACACAACAAAGAGUGUUAGCUAUUAGUAUUAAUAAAAUUGGCAUGUUUUUGUGUCGUAUGGAUAAAAGAGAUUUAACAUUAUUACGGUUUAUUGAUAACUUUGAUUUUGCAAUGACAUUGGACACUUCUAAUUCCAAGCCGGGUCAACAACUUUCAAGCAUUAAUAUUGAUGUUGGGCCACUUAUCUUGAGAGUUUCUUACAGAGAUGUUUUACUUAUAUUAUCAAUCAUCAAUAAAGUCUCGGAACUUUCUUCUCAAUCAUCGUCAUCAUCGGAAGAAGCUGAAAAAUCUUUAAUAGAAGCAGAAAACUCGGAAACACAAUCAUUAGUUCAUGGUAGGACAUUUAAUUCUAAUGCUUUUUCUGCAGCCAAGAAAAAUACCUCUUCGACCAAAUCGCGUCCCUAUGCAAGUACGUCAAGAGAAUCGUUAAAAGCUAUAUUUCAAGGAACUCGUCUUAUUUUAAUUGGAGAUGAACAUAAUAUACCAAUGAUAGAUGCGACUGCAAAUAAAUUUUCUUUGGAUAUUUUAAAUUGGUCAUCUCAAAUGAGUGUCGAUGCUACAAUUUCAACUUAUAUGAAUUAUUUUAAUUUGACAAAUUCUCAUUGGGAACCAUUGGUAGAGCCUUGGAUGUAUAAGUAUUUGGAUUUAGGCGUCAAAAAAUUUGAAUCCAGAAAUACAGCCAGAGGUGCUAAAACACCAUAUAAACUAAGAAAUAGGACAGGUUAUAAUAUGCAUGUAUGGGCCAUUUCUUCUGAUGAUGCUACAAACACCGUUUUAAAAGUAUUGAAUGAUGGAGAUGAUAUAGAUUGGAGAUUUGAUGACUGGAGAAAAACACGAGAGAGUAUGAUGGUAAUGAAAAACAUGCUUGGUAUUCAAUUUGAUGGUUCUAAUUGGGAAUGCAUCAGGGACAUCCAUGUAGACAGAGAGGGGGAAAAAUUAUAUAUUCUUCGACCAAAAUUAAAUAAUGUAUCGCAUAGAUUGAUGGUUGACAUAAAACUCGAAGAUAACAUUAAAGUGGUGACCUUCCGAUCUGUUUUGGUCGUCGAAAACCGUACAUUACUUACAAUAGAACUAUUGAUAAUUGAUUCAGAUAAAAAAGAUGUUAAAAAGGUCUAUCAAAUAGCCCCUGGAGAAGAUUGCCCAUUACCUAUUGAAGCUGCCUACCAUAAUCAAUUCAAAAUCAGACCUGAAGGCGGCUUUAGAUACAAUUGGAGUACCGAAAAUUUGUUUUGGCAAGAUUUUAUUAAACGUAAUCCACUCAAAUCAAUUUCAUGUAAUUCUCUUGAUGAUGGUAAUGAUGUAUCUUUCAGGUUUCAAGUGUUUGCUAGAUACAAAAAAAAUGAUCCUUUUGUAAAGUUUCAAGUGUUUGCUAGAUACAAAAAAAAUGAUCCUUUUGUAAAAGAAUAUCCUUACAUGGCGAUUCGAUUAAGUGCACCUAUUCAAUUUGAAAAUUUAUUACCAUAUAAAACCAGUGAACCUGCCAUAAUUGCAUCACCAAAUAAAUCCGAUUAUAAAGUUGAUGACACAAUAACAGUUACAGAUCCUGCUGGCUUAAAAUUAAAUCUUAGAAUAUACUACACUGAAAUUCCGGAUUCGGGCGGUGCAUUCAAAUUCAGUCUCUAUAGUCCUUAUGUUAUUAUCAAUAAAACUGGAUUGGAUAUGAUUUUUAAAUCAAAAUCUUUCUUGCAAUCAGCAAGAAUUGCUGCUGGUCAAGGAUCUUCAAGAAAAAAUAAUAUUGCUCCAUAUAUGUUUUCAUAUCCAAAUGAUGAGAUUGUAAAUCGUGCACUUUUAAAAAUCGGUGAUUCAGAUUGGAGUAGGCCGAUAAGUUUUGAAGCUGUUGGUACAUUUUUGGAGGUUGUGGUUCCUUCAAAAUCUGAAGAAAUGCACUUGGGCGUUAGUAUUCAGGAAGGUCAACAAAAGUACAAGUUAACAAAAAUCAUAACUAUUACACCAAGAUUUGUUCUUAAAAACAACUUAAACGAGGAUAUAAACAUCCGAGAACCAGGUUCCAAAGAAUUCUUAACUAUUAAGUCAAAAAAUCGUGCACCUCUUCAUUUUCUGAAACAGGGUGACGUGAAACAAAUAACCCUGUGCUAUUCACGUUUAAAUCCUUGGUCUGCACCAAUUAAUAUCAAUGAGCUCGGAAGAGUACACGUUAAACUUUAUAGAAAUAAUGACGAUAUUACUUUGAUUCGAACUGAAAUUUUAUUGGAGGACGCUACAGUUUUUGUCAUCUUUAAUAAAGAAGAAGGGAGAUGGCCCUAUCGUAUUGAAAAUUAUUCAGAUGUUGAUGUAGUUGUAUAUCAACAGAAUGCUAGCGCUCAGUCCACUUCUACAAAGUUAUACGUUGUAGCUUCUGGUAAUUCUAUGGCGUAUUCAUGGGAUUAUCCCGCUUUGAAAAAUAAAAAAUUAGUCUUAAAUAUUAAUGAUAAUGAAAGAGUAGUCAACAUCCAAGAAAUCGGGUCUCUUGUGCCGUUCAAAUAUCCUGUCAAUGACAAUAAACACAAGAUUUUGGCUAUAGAAGUUGUUGCAGAUGGUCCAACACAAGUUUUGCUUUUAACAAAUUAUAAACAAUCGGAAAGCAUAUUUAGACCAAGAGCACCAUCAAUCACAUCUAAUACUAAUAACGAACCUACAUCUAAUCGGGAAGCCUUUGAAGUGAUUGAUGUUGAUUCAGUAACAACAAUUAGUUUUCAAAUAAGACUUGUAGGAAUUGGGAUAUCUAUUAUCAAUAAGAGGAUGCAGGAAUUGGCUUAUGCAUCAAUGCGUGGAUUGGAAUUUAAAUAUAAAGAUUCUACAUUGUAUCAAUCAAUCAAUUUCGUUGUUAAGUGGUUGCAGGAAAGUAUUGAUAAUCAAUUAUAUGGAGGAUUGUAUCCUAUUAUUUUAUACCCUACAAUGAUUCCUAAAGAUGAAAAAGAAACCGACACACAUCCUGCUUUCCACGCAGCACUUAUAAAAGCGAAAGAUGAAUCACAUGGUGUUGUCUACAUCAAAUACUUUUCUAUAUUACUACAAGAAAUGACAUUUGAAAUGGACGAGGAUUUUCUUUUUGUUUUACUUGAGUUUACUAAAAUUCAGGGUCUAAGUUCACACGAAGAAAAUGAAACGUCACUUUUGGAUGGCGCCCUCGAUAUUCCUGAGCCAAAAUCUACCGAAGGCGAUAAUCAAUUAUACUUUGAAGUAUUACAUAUACAUCCAAUGAGAUUUAAUAUAUCAUUCGUUAGAACUGAGCGUAUAAAUGUUGAAAAUAAGCCACCACCACGUAAUCCUAUGACAUUUUUUAUCAAUGUUUUAACUAUGGCGAUCGGAAAUAUAAAUGAUGCACCAAUUAAAGUCAAUGCACUAGCAAUGGAAAACAUGCGAGUCAGUUUACCUGUUCUUAUUGACCGAAUUCGACAACAUUACGGAAAUGCCUUUAUUUAUCAAGUCCACAAAAUAGUCGGAUCUGCUGAUUUCUUGGGUAACCCUGUCGGAUUAUUCAGCAACCUUAGUUCUGGUGUUGUCGAUAUUUUCUAUGAACCUUAUCAAGGUUUUAUAAUGAGCGAUAAGCCUCAGGAUCUCGGUAUUGGAAUUGCGAGAGGCGCAACAAGUUUUUUUAAAAAAACAGUAUAUGGCUUUAGUGAUAGCGUCUCUAAAAUUACCGGAAGUAUUGGAAAAGGUCUUUCUGCUGCAACUUUGGAUAAAUCUUACCAGGAUCGUAGAAGAAUUUCACAAUUCAGAAACAGACCUAAGCACGCUUUAUAUGGUGUAACUCAAGGAACAUCAUCAUUAGUUAGCAGCAUUAAAAGUGGCUUUGAAGGUCUUGCUCGUAAACCAAAAGAAGGCGUCGAAAAAGAAGGAGCUCAAGGAUUCAUCAAAGGUGUUGGCAAAGGCCUCGUUGGAUUUGUUACCAAACCUGUUGUUGGUGUGUUCGACUUAGCUAGUAAUGUGACCGAAGGUAUUCGUAAUACCACUACAGUAUUUGAUGAAAAUGAUCUUUCACCUGUAAGGUUACCACGUUUUGUAGGACGUGAUGAAGCUUUAGGACAAUCUUGGUUGAAAGAAUUAGAGGACGGAAAAUAUUUGAAUGAUGAAUAUGUUGCGCAUCUUGAUCUAAACGAUGAUCAAGUUGUCAUGCUUACAAGAUCCAGAAUUAUGUUAAUAAAAAACAAAAGAUCCAAAGUAGAAUGGGAAGUAUCUUUUGACGACAUUCAAACAACUUCAAUACAACCCACAGGGAUUUUUCUUAAGAUUCGACCAAACAAUACACAUGGCCACUUCAUAAAUAUUGUUGAUCCUUCAAGCAAAAGUUGGUUUGAGAGAAAAAUUGAAGAAGUAAUAAAUGAUUAUAACAAUGAAAAACAUCAUUAUUAA